AUGUUCGCUGUGUCCUGGCGGGUGAUAUGGAGAGCUGCUCCCAGCCCCUCUCCGCUGCUUAGACCCACUCACCCCGGACUGACAUGUGUCUCGACACUCGGCAAGAAGGACCUGGUUGAUUUUCCAGUCCUGAACGAGGAUGAGCUGGACGAGCAGUUUGUCAGAGGAUCUGGGCCUGGAGGGCAGGCUACUAACAAAACCAGCAACUGUGUGGUGCUCAAGCACAUCCCCACUGGGAUUGUUGUGAAGUGCCAUCAAACCAGAUCUGUGGACAUAAAUCGAAAGCGUGCCCGAGAAAUUAUGAGAGAGAAACUUGAUGUUGCGUAUAAAGGAGACCUCAGUGAAGUUCUGGUGAAAAAGAGAGAGUCUGAGAUGAAGAAGCAAGAAAAGAGGAGAAAGGCAAAUGAGAAUCUGGAAAGGAAAAGACUGUUUAAAGAAUCUCUGUCUACAGGCUCCAAACCUGAAAAUGGCUCUGCUUAA